GGUGAGUCUACAUCCCUCCUUCAGCAGAACACUCUUGUCCUUACACCGCAUUUUGGAGCAUUUUUGUCCAAUAUUUCAAGGGGAAUUAAAUAAAUAAAUAAUUUCUACACACCAGUUGGUGUAUUCAAAUAUCAUCUUUUUACUGUCUUGUUUGAGAGCCUCUGUGCUAAUCCGCAGUUCUUUUUUCUAAGGAUCAGUCAGCUUUUGGAGUCUGGUUUUUUUUUUUGGAAUCUUGACUUUUCUUUUGGAUCCAGAAAGGAUUUUAAAGGCGGCGUCUUCAUAAAAGUAUGAAGCAAACCGAAAUGAGCCGUUUGUCCCGUGAAGACGACAACAGCAGCACCAACAGCAAUGAGUACAAUUACUCUGAGUGUCCCAGCAAAGUCCCGCUGAAUAGUCAAUUUGCAGACAUCGAGGCGGAGAGUGAAAACUUCCUCCCGGAGCAAAACCUUGGCAAGAAGAAGUAUGAGACAGAAUAUCACCAGGGCAACGCCUCCUUUGGCAUGUCGGUCUUCAACCUGGGCAACGCCAUCAUGGGGAGUGGCAUCUUGGGCCUGUCCUACGCCAUGGCCAACACUGGCAUCGCCUUCUUUGUGAUCCUCCUUGUGUCCGUCGCCAUCUUCUCUUUAUAUUCUGUGCAUUUGCUACUAAAGACGGCCAACGAAGGAGGCGCGCUGGUGUACGAGCAGCUCGGCUACAAAGCCUUCGGGCUGCCUGGAAAACUGGCGGCGUCCUGCUCCAUCACCAUGCAGAACAUCGGAGCCAUGUCAAGCUACCUCUACAUCGUCAAGUACGAGCUGCCCAUUGUCAUCCAGGCUUUUGUGGAAACUAAUGGGGAAUGGUACACCAACGGCAAUUACCUGGUCCUGCUUGUCUCAGUAGUCAUUAUUCUGCCGCUCUCGCUCCUCAGGAAUUUGGGUUACCUUGGUUACACAAGCGGUCUGUCCCUCCUCUGCAUGGUGUUCUUCCUGAUCGUGGUGAUCAUCAAGAAGUUCCAGAUCCCGUGUCCUCUUCCUGAAGACGUCCACGCUGGGAAUGAGACGUUCAGUAAACUCCUCAACGCCACUUUGUCCCCCAACAACGCCACCGCCAAGGACUACAACGACGUCUGCACGCCCAAAUACUUUGUCUUCAACUCUCAGACGGUUUACGCCAUUCCCAUCCUGAGCUUCGCCUUCGUGUGCCACCCUGCCAUCCUCCCCAUGUACGAGGAACUCAAAGACCGUUCUCGCAGGAAGAUGCAAGGGGUCGCCAACGUGUCCUUCCUGGCCAUGUUUAUCAUGUACCUCCUGGCUGCUCUCUUCGGCUAUCUGACCUUCAACGUGCACGUGGAGCCCGAGCUGCUGCACACCUACUCCACGGUCUACAAGUUCGACGUCCUCCUCCUGGUCGUCCGCCUGGCUGUCCUCACCGCCGUCACCCUCACCGUCCCCGUGGUUCUCUUCCCUAUCCGCACCUCCAUCAACCAGCUCCUGUGCACCUCCUCCUCCUUCAGCUGGAUCCGCCACAUCAUCAUCACAGUGGUCCUGCUGGCCAGCACCAACGCCCUGGUCAUCCUCGUCCCGACCAUUCGGGACAUCUUCGGCUUCAUCGGCGCAUCUGCUGCCGCCAUGCUGAUCUUCAUCUUGCCCUCGGCCUUCUACAUCAAACUGGUCAAGAAGGAGUCCAUGAAGUCCGUGCAGAAGAUCGGGGCAACCGCCUUCCUGCUGUUGGGCUUCCUGGUCAUGAUCGGCAGUAUGAGCCUCAUCAUCCUCGACCAGGUGCACAACGCGUCGGAGGAAAACCCCGGCGGACCGUAGAGCCCACACUCUAAUGAAGACCACAUUGUAAAAAGAAGAACUUGAUGUCUGGCUUGGACUGUGACGAAAGACGCCAUUCCGAGAGAAUGUAUACCUGUACAGUUUGCGGUUUUUCACACCAUAAGUAUGGUGGUUUUUCCUCCUCCUUGGUUUUUUAAAUACAUAUACAUAUAUCUAAAUAUAUAUCUAAAUAUAUAUGUAUGUAUAUGUAUAUAUAUAUAUAUGUGUAUGUAUAUAUGUGCAUAUAUACGUAUGUAUAUAUACAUGUAUAUAUGCGUGU